UCUUAACACCUUUUUGUUUUUACAUUAGUAAGGACUACAAGGGAAAGGAAAUAAUAAAUGUCUAUCAUACCCUUGACUAGCAAAGGGCUCUGAGACUCCUUCAGGCUUGAUGCCAUCUCAAUGGAACACUGACUACUGGAAAUACGCAAUUCUGAGUUCCUUUUUUGCAAACUUUUAUCCUGAAGCUGGACCAUCAUCUGUUUAAACUUCCCAUAAAUUUUUAUAUUCAAGUGGGGCUGUUGCUGUGGCCAUAUCAUGGUUUGCACCAAAACCACGGAUGCAGCCUUCUGCUGUUGACCAGAAGAGCAGAGUCGUCAGUCUAGGAAGAUCACCUAAAGGAGCUGGGGAUGCACUUUCCAGUCAAAAGUGGAGUAAGACCUGGCCUAGUGGUUUGGACCAUUCAUCUGGUUGCAAAGAGGAUGGUAGUGGAGAGGCUACUGCUGCCACAGAUAGGCAGAAUUCUCCAGGAACCACCAGGACAGCUCUUGGAGUAGCCCGUUCUACACCCAAUCUAGAGGUUUUAGAAAGAAGCAGAGCUGAUGCCUGGGUGAAGGUGACACCAUCCUCAGUGCUGUGCUGGAAACAGCAUCCGGAGCCAUGUCCUGAUCCCAAAAGAGACAGAGCCAACAGUCCAUCCCCACUAGGAACUUGCUCUCUGAGAACAUAAACAACUGCCACCGAACAAAAGGGGAGGCGCUGCAAAAGCAGGAGGCGGUAGGGAGGGGAGAGCCUGGGAUAAGAAGACCCCAAUGCUCUGGUGAUGGCAUGGACCGGACGCCCUUCCAGCGACUGUUUUUACCUUCCUCCCAGCUCUGUCUCCUCCGGGUCCCCCCAAAACAUGAGGGAGCAAGACUGAUGCAGAGCCAUUGUUAGCAACCCAACCAUGGCUGGAGAUUCUAGGAUCUUCAUGAACCAGGACAUGGAAAUUGGAGUCACACCUAUGGAUCCCAAGAAGAUUCCCAGACAGCCGCGGGACUAUGUCCCUAUCGCCACUGACCGAACCCGUCUCCUGGCAGCAGAAAUGAAGAAGCCGCGCCAGCGUUACAUGGAGAAGAGUGGCAAGUGCAAUGUGCACCAUGGAAAUGUCCAUGAAACCUACCGGUACCUUAGCGACCUCUUCACUACUCUGGUGGACCUCAAGUGGCGCUUUAACCUCCUUGUCUUUACCAUGGUUUAUACUGUCACAUGGUUGUUUUUUGGGUUCAUUUGGUGGCUUAUUGCCUACAUCCGUGGAGAUCUGGACCAUCUUGAAGAUGAGAACUGGAUCCCCUGUGUUGAAAAUCUCAGUGGAUUUGUUUCCGCAUUUCUGUUUUCCAUCGAGACCGAGACCACAAUUGGGUACGGCUACAGGGUUAUCACUGAAAAGUGCCCCGAGGGCAUCAUACUGCUCCUGGUUCAGGCUAUUCUAGGCUCCAUUGUCAAUGCGUUCAUGGUAGGGUGCAUGUUUGUCAAAAUCAGCCAACCAAAGAAGAGGGCCGAGACCCUCAUGUUUUCCAACAAUGCAGUGAUUUCUAUCAGGGAUGAGAAGCUCUGUCUAAUGUUCCGGGUCGGGGACCUCCGGAAUUCCCACAUUGUUGAGGCUUCCAUUAGAGCCAAGCUGAUCAAGUCCAAACAGACCAAAGAAGGGGAGUUUAUCCCCUUGAACCAAACGGACAUCAAUGUGGGCUUUGAUACAGGGGAUGACAGGCUAUUCCUGGUGUCACCACUCAUCAUCUCACAUGAAAUCAACGAGAAGAGCCCCUUCUGGGAGAUGUCCCGUGCCCAGCUUGCGAAGGAGGAGUUUGAAAUCGUGGUCAUUUUGGAAGGAAUGGUCGAAGCAACAGGGAUGACUUGCCAGGCCCGGAGCUCCUACAUGGACACGGAGGUGCUAUGGGGACACCGUUUCACGCCCGUCCUCACCCUCGAGAAAGACUUUUACGAAGUCGACUACAACAGCUUUCACAGCACCUACGAAACCAACACCCCCACUUGCUGUGCCAAGGAGCUAGCCAAAUCUUUCCAAGAGGGCCGGCUCCUCCGCCACCUCUCCAGCGCCACCCUCCUGAGCAGUGGCAGGGAAGCAGAGACAGCAAAAGAGGAACAGGAAGUGGAAGAUGAAGGAAGGGAGGUGGCUGGGGUGAAUGGAGCCAAUGGAACAGCAGGAGAGGUGAAGGCAGAUAUGUCUGUAUAACACGUGGAUCUGUACUGGACAAUAGACAAUACAUGUGCCCCUACUGGGGAAACAGUGGGAUCCAGUGGUUAGGGUACUAGCCUGGCAGUCAAGAGAUAUGGGUUCUAUUCCCAGCUCUGCUACCCACCUUUGGGUGACCUUGGACAAGUCACUCCAUAGCCCUGUGCCUCAGUUUCUCCCAUCUGUAAAACUAGGGUAAUGGUACUUUAUCCACAUUUUCAAAGCAUUUUGAGGUCUAUGGAUAAGACAUGCUAGAUAAGAGAUGUUAUUACUGUUGACGUUCCCCUACAGAUUGCUCUAGAAGAGACUCCUUGGUUGGUCAAAAUUAUUUCCCUUUCAGGGGAUAUUUAAAAAGAGAAAACAUAAAACAAGCUAACAAUCUCCCAUCUCAGUAAGAAGAAUGUAGUUUCGUACCUUCACUUAAUUUACAAGUCAAUGCACUGUAGACAUUAUUACUGCUAAAUUAAAAGAGAGGAAAGAAAAAUUCCCUCCUGUAUCCAGCUUCCUAGUGAUUGCACAUGGUGUUUUAGAGUUUUCCUCCUGAACUGUGUUCACCAUGAUUCAUUUCCGACAGGCUGAAACAUCUAACAGUGGGAUGACGGGUCUCUCUUCUGAGAUAAAUCAGGCAUUUCUCACCCUGGCUUUGUGUUGUGGCCUCUUUAUCACGUGCAUCCUACUGGUCAGGCUUUCUUCCCAAGCUGGUACAGUGCCAUCUCUGGUGUAAUUGUUUUGGACAGCCAUGCUGCUCAGUGUAUGGCUUGUCGUCAUGGGCUGUUUAGAUCUUGCCCAUGAUAAUGGUUUUUGGACCUGUGUGUCCCAGGUUCAAUCCCUACUUUUGAUCCAUGGCAAUGACUUCCAGGUCCUUCUCUAAAGUCUGGUCCAUUUAGAGGAUAAAAGCAUACUACUGCUACCGGUUAAGAUGUAUUCCUUUUGCUUAUCAAUUUCAGUGGAGAUAUUCCAGAUUUACACAAUGGUAACAGAAUAGAAUCUGGCCACAUGUUGCUUCUGUGAGCAAUUGGGGUGGGGAGGAGGAGACUCGGGGCUAUCUACACAGCUCCAUGGUUUAGACAAAGGGGGUGUGAAUUGUAGCAUACGUUCUCAUGCUAUGCUGUAACUCCCCUGUGUAGGUGCUGUGGGCACAGACUAACAGGUACCUUGUUUCCAUUAACUUAGUCCUGUUUAAAGAUGGCGACAUUAAGGCAAACUAGGUCCCUUUUAGUUUGCACCCGCAGUGUCCACACAGGGGAGUUACAACAUGCUAGUGCAUGCUGCAGUUCACACCCCCGUAGUCUGAACUGCUGGGCCAUGUAGACAUAACCUUAAUCUGUAUUUCUGUGCCCCCCUGGCAUUGAUUCUGGGUUUAUAUGUAAUCACUAGGUGAAAUUCAGCUCUUGCAGAAGCAGCUUCGAUGUAACUGAAAUCAUUGGGAUUGCAUCCACUUACAACAGCUCUGAAUUUGGUUCACGAGCAAUGUUCCCUCUAAUUUUUGGCAGGCUGUGUGAGCAAAAAAUUUCUUCUGUGCAAAUUUUUGACAGGCCGUGUGUGCAAAAAAUUUCUUCUGUGCAAAUUUUUGUGUGCGCGGUGUUUUGCCGUGUGCGCGGGGUUUAGGAUCUGUGUUCGCGCGUACACGCGCACAACUUAGAGAGAACAGUGUUCACGAGGCUUUAGAAAUUAAACACAUACACAAAUCUGUUUUACAUAAUCUCUGGGGUGAUAACCAGAAAGCUGAACAUCAAGUGUUUCCAGUUAGGGGUGGAGAGGUGCCAAAGGUGACCUUGUUACUCUGUUUCACUGUAUGCAAAAUUCUCUGCUUUUCUUUAAAACAAAUGUUUCAGUGCUGUUUUUCCUUACGGUUUCUUUAGUCAAUGGAAAUUUGCUUUCACAUAAGUACAGCAUGUAGUUAAGCCAGUGUAAACACAUGGGCCCUGAUUCUCAAAGGCUUACAAUGGAAAUUGGGAGCCUAAACACCUUUGAGGAUCUGGGUCAUGAGUUGAAAUCCUGGCUCCACCAAAGUCAAUGGCAAAACCCCUGUUGAUGUCAAGGGGGUCAGGAUGUCACCCUUAAUGUAGACACACUGCACUGGUUCAGAAUGGGGCUCACAUGAGUGUGAUUUACCCCAGUAAGCUGAAUUGUUUAUCACAGGUUCAGUGUGUCCACAUUAGGUGGCUUCAUGAGUUUAACUACAUCCAGGUAUUUCCACUGAUAUAAAGAGGUAUUUCCCUCAUAUAAAGAGUCCUAACAGGACUAUCAGGGCCAGUGUCCUGGCACUCUCAAGCCAUACCAUCCCAGGGUGUUCAUGAAGGACUCUUCAGUAACAUCUUGGUGGGCUCACCAUUGACCUACCAGUUACAUCUCCCAGUAUAUUGGGAAUGCUUUGUCUUGGAGAUCAGCUGUCCCCUAGCUAAAGGGCUCCUGAAGCCCCUGGGAGUUCUUGGACAUGACUACUAUGGGAGCAGGGUUGGGCUCUAGUUCCACAAAGCAGGACAGAAAAAUGACUAAAUCCAGGAGGGGACAGGGGAAAGCUGCCUACAUCUAAGAAAUAAUUAUCUGUGAAAAUUGUUUUCCAGGAGCCUUCAGUCCAUGGCUCAAGUACGCUCCUGAUGUCAGGGAGAAUAAGUGGAAAGUGAAACCAGAGCUGAUCUUUGCAAGGCAGAGUGUGAUCUCUAUCAGCUUUGUCAUCUGGGCUGCCCAGGCAUGAUCAUCCAGAGCAAGACUCAGACAGAACCAUUUGGGGAUGCUAUUGAGACAUCUUUCAUCCCUUUCCUACAUACUUCUUUGGUGUCCUGCCACUCAGAAGACCCGCCCCCUCAAAGAGCAGUAAAGCUACAUUGGGGUCCUCGUCACAAUGCUAAGCUGAGCCAAAAGGAGCGUGGGAUCCAUUGGUUUGAAAGAGGGCAAGGACACUACUGCCCUUUGACUAUGGAAACUGGACCAAAAUAACUCAAAACCGUUGACCUUCAAAGAUACCAACGCUCACGUUUUUAGUGCUGCUCUUGGAGAGACAAUACUGUACAUCACAACCUGGAAAAAUCAUGGAGCAGGUCCUCAAGGAAUCAAUUCU